AUGAUUUCUGUCUUUCAGCCUUUUGGCCCUUUGGUCUUUUGUUCUUUUUGUUUUUUUUUUUUCAUUUACAAGUUUUCUCUCUUUUCUCUCUUUCCAACAUUUAUUAUAUUCACAGAUUUUCUUGACACUCGUGUUUUGUUACCUUCUGAUGCAUCCCCUUCACAAUGUCCAUCCGGAUUAGCUAAGGCCAUAUCGCCGAAAUUACUCUCUACUAUUAAACACGGUUAUGAACACGAUGAACCUCCCUCUCAUGAGCACAUCGCGAAUCAAGAACUUUCAUUUCAUACGAGUGUCAUUGACAUGACAAUAUUAGCGUCUCCUAUGUACUCUCUUGGUCUGCAAAUAAAUCCUUUUGCUUCGGGUAGUAUAUUGAGUACUAUGGUUCGCAUUCAUGACGCCUUUUCUUUUUGUCUCUGGUAA